AUGGCGCUGUCAGUUUCGACAAAAGACCCUUUUUCUAACCUGCCGAAUGAGUUGAAGGUUCUCGUACUUCAACAUCUUUCAGCUGAGGACCUGUGUCGCGUGGCAUUAUGUAAUCGAUCAUGGAGAGAGGCCGCCAAUCACGAUGCUCUAUGGCGCCCUCUUUGUCGAGAGAAGCGAUGGGAGAAGUUUGAUGCAGUCGUAGAUCUUUGUGUUGAACCCCCGUUCAUACCUUCGUCACCUCAACAUGGCGGGGAUGGAGGCGUUGGUGACGGUGUCACCUUUGCCUUUGAUUCGGUUGUCACUGGUUUAAACUGGCCAGGGUUGGUAAAUACAUGUAGAUGGAAGGAGAUAUACAUGAAGGCACGACAUCUUGAAGGAAAUUGGAAGAACAAUCGGUAUCGCGUUGUCUCGUUUCAUUUUGGCUCAGCUGGCUACGAGGGAAACAAAGAAUAUGUCGGCUCUGAACCCGAGUUGACAUUACGCAGCCUAGCUUGUGACGGGAAUAGUCUUGCCGGUGCUCUCUCGAAUGAUACUUUGCAUAUCUGGGAUAUCACCAGCGGAAAACGUCGACAUUUCAUCAAAGUGGACGUCAGUAAAGGACAAAAGGCCCUGAAAAUGAAGAAUGGCAUCAUAGCUGCAGGAUGCAUUGAUGGUAAGAUUCGUAUGUACUGUGCCGUGACUGGGGAGCAGCUGCAAGCGAUGUCGGGGCAUCGUUUGGAGGUGUUUUGUCUCUUCUUUGAUGGUGACACUAUCGUGAGUAUUGCGGGGAAGUCAGACAGGGAUAGGGAGGUACGUGCUGACAGUGAUAUACGGGUCUGGAAUGCUAAAGACGGUACAUCUCGUUUCGUCUUUGAGAGCACCUCCGAUGACGUCCGACUGGUUUACGUGGACUAUCUUGACAAGACAGUUGCAGGUGCUUACAGCGACCGUAAGAUUCGCUUAUGGGAUGCACAGAGUGGUGUCUGUAAGCAGACGAUUGUCAGUGAUGCCAAUGACAUGAUUUCCUGUCACCUUGGGGAUGGCAUCGUGAUGAGUGCCAAUCGUGGAAACGUCAUCAAGGUAUGGAACGUUGAAUCGGGGGAGUGCAUCAGACACUUUGACGUGCCUGGUGUAGACUUUGAAGAUUUGGACCCAUAUGAUGAAUCGUUCUCCUUUGAGUUUAACGGCGAAUUUCUCUUUGCCACAUCGGAGGACUCAAAUGUGAGAUUGUUCAAUCUCGAUGGCAAAUUCAUUGGAGACACCAAGUCGUAUGAUUUUGCUGAAGAGUACAACCUUUGCAUCCGUUGUGUCCUUGGCAAUAAAUUUAUUGCGUCUGCGGAGGUAGGUGGAGGCCCGAUGUACCUGUGGAGCAUUAACGACCCUGAUGCUGGUUUCCGGUUGAUCAACCCGUUGAGAGGUUUGAUGUGUGACGAUGAGGUUAAUGAUGUCUAUUCAGCAGCGUGGAUGAGCGAGACCAAACUUGCAUUUGUUCAGUACUUUGACAUGGAUAAGGAGGGGUUUUGA